AUGGAUGCAACCAGUCCUCCAGUCCCGGCCAGGAAGCGAACAAAGUCACGCAAUGGCUGCCUUAGGUGCAAGGACAAGAGACGAAAAUGUGAUGAGGCUAAACCCGAAUGUAAUGAGUGUAUUCGGCGCAGUCUACCAUGUCCGGGCUACAAGAAAGAAAUCAAGUGGUCUCUACGACAUGAGAAAAUGCUGCGAAGGGAGCAGCCGAAGUCGUGCGUCAGACGUGCAAGCUCUCCGGAACGGGGGUUGUUCGACCGAGCAACCAGCGCGAUAAAUCAGGAUGUAGUUGCUCAGCCCAAUUACCCAGACCAGCGCGCAGGGGUGACUCCAGGACAUAACCCAGCCACGGCCGAUGCGGAAGAGGUCGGGAGAAUCGACGAAGGGGCGCUUCGUGAAUUUCUGCUUCAAUGCAAUGCCGCAUUAAAUGACCAAACUUCGUGGAUGAACCCGGGCCCAAUAGCUGGGCAAGCAACCGUCGGUGAGGUGGAGACAGUUGCAUCGGAUUCUGUUGACGGAACAAUCAUACAAAAGCCAAGUCUCGCGUGCAACGCUUCGCCUAUCCUCGACUUAGACGGGUUAGACGUGCAGGAUACGUCGCUUUGGCAGCCACCCAAGCUGCGAGACAGCAUCUACGAAGACGUUGACGACGAUGAACAGGUUGCGGUCAGACAGAGCUUGUCGACGUGGCGAAGGAAAGUAUCAACCGCUCCAAAUUCACUGAUCGACGUAACCACGUUUCUGGUGGACCACUGGUUCCGAGAUGUGUGUCCGCAGUGGUCAGCUUUCGACUCAAACCUUAAUCCUAAUCGGUACCACAUGUCGAGCAUAUGGACAAACUCCAAAGCCGUGCUGUACUCGAUGAAGACCAUGUCUGCGACCUGCUUGCUUGACACUUUGCCGCAUCUUAAGCAAGAAGCUUUGUCAUCUGCACGAGCCUCGGUUGAAGCUGUCUCGGAGGACCUGGAUAAGCUGGAGCUGAAAAAAACCGAUGAGAAGCUCAAGGUCCCUUUGGAACUGUGCUUGGCCCUUCUUUGCAUUGGCACAACGAUGUGUUGGCUCGACACAAACCUCCUGGGCCUUGCCUACUGGAAAGAAGCACGUAGACUGCGACAGUUUUUUCAUGAGAACUAUUGGCUACUAGAUGAGGAAGAAAGACAGAAACUUGCCUUUUUUGAGAACAGCUGCGUGUAUUGGGACAUGCUUGCCGCAGUGGUCAGUAACGAGGAGCCGGACAACGCGAACAGUGAAGAUAUCAUUCUCGGCUGUUCGCGACCGGAGCCCCUAGUCCAACCGCAUCCGUGGACGGGCGUUGCCUACAAACAACAGCGCCUGCUUUCCCGCACUAUUGCGCUAUGCCGUCGUCAUCGCAUGAAAAUGCGGAGACUUAAGGCUGAGGGAGACACGGACCCGCAGCCAGAAGCAGAGGACUUGAUGGACGCGUACAUACUCAGCAACGAGCUUGAGAACGCGGAUAUCCCGUCUCCGCAAGUUGUGGUCGACAUGGGAGAUCGCUUGUCCUUGCCGUCGCAUUUUUCUCAAUUGGCUAUUGCAUUCCGUCUUGCUGCGCUACUACAGCUGCACCAGACCUUUCAACUAGAUGUUGGGCUCUAUGGAGAUGUCGGAGCGCAGAAGAGACUCGUUCUGAAGCUCGCAUUCGAAUUGUGCGCUAUUCUCGAAGACAUUCCAGUCUCGAGCAACACGCGCUGCACACAGCCUAUCCUAUACAUCACAGCGGCAUCCGGGCUACGUUUCGACCACCCUCCUGCCGAAGACGUUUUCGCGGCCCUGACGCCCGAGGUACUUGAAGUGCAUCGGGCGAGGAAGUUUAUCCUAGAUAGAUUUGCGAGUCUACAAAGGAGCCUGCCUCCCAAACCGAUCAUUGUUGCUACUGAGCUGGUGCAAGCUAUUUGGAGGAAAUAUGAAGAGGAGCGGGACAAUACGAUGAAAGUGCAUUGGAUCGACGUGAUGAUUGACGAGAAGAAGUACACGCUAUUUGGAUGA